AUGGCUUGCUACUGUGCAAACUUCUAUGGCAGCGUCAACUGCCACAACCAAGUCUCCAGGUUUGGCGACAGGUGUAAGCUCUGCAUCGCCCUCAAGAGCGGUGCCUCGAUGAGCGACGGCCUGCUCCACAACGAGGCGGCGGACCAGUGGGUGAAGACGUCGCGGCCCGACGACAUGUCGACGCGGUCGCGCCACCACGACGCCCUGUCCCUCGGCGGCGCCCAGCACAAGCACCAGCUGCGCUCCGACAUGCGCUACGGCAGGAAACAGUGA